AUGUACUCCUGCAAGUGCGCCAGGAAGCACAGUGUCCAUUUCGAUGGGGAGCACUUGGGGUUGUACGUCUGGAGCCGCCAGACGAUUGUUGUACAGGAGAGCCUGCAACUGCUGCUCAAGCAGAUGCAGCGGGGACAGUUGGGUUUUGGGGCGCUGCUGGAGGGGCAGCAGGAGGCCUUCCGGAGGGCACCAGAGUGCGCCGUCCUAUCUGAAGAGACGUGGCGUAAGGCCAGCCUCGAUUUCUUCCGGCUGGUGGGGCGGCAGAUCCUGGAGUGCUGCAGCAUAUGCGGUCCCCAUCCGGAG